GCGAGGGAGAGAGAGAGAGGGAGAUCUUCCCCGCUUUUUCUGUCGCCGGUGCGAGCUCUUCCAAACGCCGCCGCCACCGCCACCGCUGCCGCCGUCGCCGUCUUCAUCUCUACCCCCUCUCUCUCUCUCUCCGGGGCUCGUCGGGGUCGCUGCAUGUGUGUUUGUACUGGGCUGUUGUACGAAUUGUAAUGAUUUUUCACUGUAUCAUUUGGCUUUGCGAUUAGGGAGAGGGACGCUUCUUCCGAGUGCCUGCCCCGCCGCAAGAGGGGUGAGCAUCGAUCCCGGUGAGCACCGGUCCAGGCUCAACCCCGAACCAGGCCGAACUGGCUUGGAUGGAUUGAUUUAAGGAUGGUUCUAGAGAGAACCGGUUCAGUUCCCGGUUCCAAGGACGAAACUACUUGUUGUACCCUGAUAGAAUUGGGUUUUUACUCAAAACACAAGUAUUGACACACCCACGAAGAACAUUGACAAAUAUCCUUCAAAAUGACUAAGCUGGAGGAGAAGCCAAUUGAGGAGUGCUGGGCAAGCAGAUUGACUACCUCUCUUGAAUGCUCUGCUCCCUCAUUUGCUUCCCCACCUGUGCUCAGUCCUUCUAUGAGCGCCCCACCGUUGCGUCGCCAUUGAGGACUCCAUGCCCUUGGAGCUAUCCAAGCAAGACCUAGCCCUAGCUUACGAUUGGAAGCACUAGAACAUCCUCCUCCACUUUGUCACUAUACUAGUGCCACUGAUUCCCGGAAAAUAGUGAAUUUCCUCGAUGGUUUCUGGAGGGUACAUAUGCGGCAUCAUUACUGUUUUUUGGCAAGAUUUGUAGACUCAUUCUGCAUAAUUUCCUGGGAAAAAUUUGUUGUAUAUGUUCUUGAGACUGCUCGAUAUAAUAGAUGAGUGAAGUCUUCCACAUUAAAUUGCUUGAAGCAUCUAAUGAAGCUGUCUUUUAGUGAGUUUAAUUAAGUGAGCAUCCCUAAUCUGCCUAAUAAGCAUCAAUUACAUGGUGUCUUGAUCCUUAAUAAUGGCUGAGGAUAAGCAGAUGGAGUAUGUUUCUGCACAACAGAUUACAAAAAGUAGUGAAGCUAAUGGACUUGAGGAGAGUAUCCUGGAAAAGAGACAGGGCCUUGUUUCAGAAGGUAUAAAAAUUGGGCUUGUGGAUAUGGGGAAUCAAUCUUGCGCAGACGUUGUGGAUGAUGGAGCACAUGUAUCUAAGUCUUUUGAAAUAAACAGGAUGGGAAUGCCUUCUAAAGACCCAUCCCAGGUGAAGAAUCUUGCAAUAUCUCCUGAAAGUGUGAUAGAUAAAACAAAGAACACUGAGAUUGCAAGUGCUGGAGAAGAUAUUGGGGAAAGCAUUCAUAAGUUCAAUUCACAAUGCAUAGAUGGUGCACAUUCACUCCAAGAAAAGAGGUGUGAACUUGGCGUUGAAGGAUCAACAAUUGUGCCUUCUAGCCAUGCCUUCUCUGAGAAUCUGGUGACUCAGGAAGAUAAUAAUGGAGCGGCACACCAGUUUGGUUCCAGAUAUUCAGUUGGUCAAGAAGAAAAAAGACACACACUUGGAAUAAAAGAAACUGGUAGUCCAUUGUGCAGUGAUACUGCUGAGCAAUUGCGCAAACCUUUUUGUGAGAAUUCAACCUUUGAACACAGGAUGCUGCUUUCUCCGAACAUAAGAAUGAGCGAUGAAGCUGCAAGUGUUCUGUGCCUUAAACAUCUUCAAUUACAUGAGACCCAUUGUGGAUCUGGUAGUAUAAGAAAUCAAUUACCUGUCCCUGACCAUGGUGAAAAUGUAUCAGUUCAAGUGAGUACUAUCGUGUCUGAUAAAAUUGAAACCGAAAGUACUGGAUUACGAUCUAAUGUGGAGAUUGGUUCUUCUGUAUUAGAACAUAUUGAAUUUAAUGGAGAUUCUGUUGUUAAUGAGCAGCUGCAAGUCCACAUGGAGGAGCUGACUAACAGCUCUAGUUAUGAUCCAUCAGAGUUGCAACAGGAGAAUCUUACAGGGAACUCCGAAGGGUCAGGCCAUAGGGACAGAAGAACUUCUAAGAGAUUGAAAGAAAGAAACACAUGGAGGUCAUCACUUGGCAGCGACAGAGUUCUUCGCUCAAGAUCAAAAGAUAAGUCUAUAGCUGAGUCUAAGGAUGAUGUAGUAAACCCAGGUGAAGAAGUAAAAAGAAAGCAGAGAAAGAAGAGGCAAGCAAGGGAAGGUAUUGCAGAUGAAUAUUCUAGAAUUAGGAAAAACCUGAGCUAUAUGUUAAACAGAAUUGGAUAUGAGAGAAACUUGAUUGAUGCUUAUUCUGGUGAAGGGUGGAAAGGGCUAAGCUUGGAAAAGAUAAAGCCAGAGAAGGAACUUCAGCGGGCCACAUCAGAAAUUGUAAAACGCAAGCUGAGAAUAAGGGAUCUAUUUCAGCAGCUGGAUUCAUUAUGUGCAGAAGGAAAGCUGCCAGAAGCUCUAUUUGAUUCAGAAGGAAUGAUAGACAGUGAGGAUAUAUUCUGUGCAAAGUGUGGCUCAAAAGAUUUGACUGCUGACAAUGAUAUAAUUCUGUGCGAUGGUGCUUGUGAUCGCGGGUUUCAUCAGUACUGUCUGGAACCACCGUUGCAUGCAGAAGACGUUCCUCCUGCCGACCAGGGUUGGCUAUGCCCUGGGUGUGAUUGUAGAGUUGAUUGCAUAGACUUGCUGAAUGAAUCACAAGGAGCAAAUCUUUCUAUUGCUGACAGCUGGGAGAAAGUUUUUCCUGAGGUUGCAACAGCUGAUAAGACUGAGGACCCAAACUUAGGUCUCCCUUCUGACGACUCAGAUGAUGCUGAUUAUGACCCAGAUGCGCCUCAGGUUGAUGAAGAUCUGGGAGAUGACUCUAGUUCUGAAGAUCAGGGAAAUGACUCUAGUUCUGAUGAAUCUGGAUGUAAUGUUACAUCUGAUAAAUCGGGGGCUUCUUUGAAAUAUGAUCGCAUCGGUUUGUCUUCUGAUGAUUCGGAAGAUGAUGAUUUUGAUCCUGAUGCUCCGGACAGUGAGAAGGUUAAGGAGGAAGGUUCUAGUUCUGAUUUCACCUCUGAUUCUGAGGAUCUUGCAGCCGCUGUUGGAGGUGUAGCAGAUGAGGUUAAUUCCUACAGAGGUGGUGGCAGAAGAAGCUCUAGAAACAGUUUUGAAAAGAAGGAAAUUGUGAAGGGUGAACUGCAAUCUUUGCUGGAGGGAGAUGCUGACAAAGAUGUCUCUGUCUGUAUGCCUGGGAAAAGACAUGUUGAGCGUCUGGACUACAAAAAGCUCUAUGAUGAGGAAUUUGGAGGUAAAUCUUCCGAUUCAAGUGAUGAUGAAGAUUGGAGUGAUACCGCUGAACCAAGUAAAAGAAAGAGAGGUGCUGAUAAAGUCGCUUUGGCAUCAAACAAUGGAAAUUUUACCAGUGGAGAAAUUAUAGAGCCCAACAAAAAUGGGAAUGAACAGACUCCAAGGAGGAGGACAAAUAACAGGAUGGAUUCCCCAAGUACUAAUAGUAUUACAGCCAUACCACGAAGAAGCUCUUCAGCACCUGAAUCGACUGGUAGAAAAGCUCGAUCAACUUAUAGAAGACUUGGAGAAGCUGUAACUCAGAGACUCCAUGAAGCCUUCAAGGAAAAUCAAUAUCCAGAACGAGCUGCAUCAGAGAAGUUAGCUGGGGAGCUAGGAAUUACUACUCAGCAGGUGAAAAAGUGGUUCGAGAAUGCUCGUUGGAGCUUUAACCACCCAAGUGGUAGUAAAGUGAGAGUGUCUGCUAAAGAUAUGAUAAUGGAGAACCCCAGGCCUCAACUCAGUACUGGACCACAUAGCUCAGCUCCAGAAAUGAUUACGGACGAUGCCCCUAGCAAUGGAAUACCAAAUGCCGAACCUAGUGGAGUUGCUUCCAUGCCUGAGUGCAUCGACAAGGAUGUGAAGAAUAGCGGAGUGGGUGGUCCACAGAUGAAUAGGAAAAGCUACGAUAGUUCACAUCUUGGAAAGAGAAAGGAAAAGGCAGAUAAUGUGGUCUUUGGUCCGGAUCAAGUAAAUCAAACACAGGCCCUUCAAGAUGAUUCAGCUAAAGCUUCAGAGCCUCAGACUAGCAGCAGAAGACACACAAGAAGCAAAUCAAAAACCUGACAAUUUCAAACUUUUUGAGCCUCUGAAGAGUUCUUCCGGUUGAGAAAUACUGGGAAAGAUACCCUGUUCAAGAAUCCUGCAUGCAAAGAUGACUUUUUCCAAGAGGGGUAAUUCCAACUUUCUCUUGGUUUUCCGGUUCAGGAUUCAGAAUAGCUACUUCAGUCACCAUUAACCGUUGUCUCAGGAGUCCUUGGGUUUUCUGAUCCUGAAUCCUUUGACCGUCGUUGUCUGAGCUGCUGAUUUUCAUCGUGGCAAUGCUUUGUUCAAUGGGUGGAUAAAGCAAGAUAGCGGCCAACUGACGUUUUCUUUGAGGAUUUUAUCGGUUCAAUUACCCCAUUGUAGGCGCCUGCUUUUUUCUUGCUAGAAGAUGAAAUUCCAUAGGUGGAUACCGCAUAUCUGAUGUACAACCAGGGAGAGCUGCCGAAGAGUCUUGGACCGAGAAGAAUCUGUCCUUGAUGAUGAGCUUGUAACAUAGCGAUGCCGCUUAACAUUACAUUGUACUUAAUGGACCACCUAAGAAUUUUACAUCUAUUGCAUUCAAUUUAUGCCGUUUUUCCAUUCUUUAA